UUUUGCUAAUUACACUGUGGCUUCGUUAUUGAAAUUAUCAACUCUGGAGAAAGUAUUUCCAUGGUUAGCAAAUUUGGCUAAAAAGAACAAAGUUUUGAAAUGGAUUAUUCAAAGUACAUUUGCACCUCUUGCGGUGACCGUUUUAAAUAAUCUGUUACCGCCAACAUUAAUGAAAUACCUUUCUGGUCUUCAAGGGUUUCAUACCCGUAGUACAGUCGAGCUUUCUACAUUUGCAAA